AGCAGCAGGCCGCCGCAGCACGGGUCGUUGCGUCAGGACCGGAUGUUGACACUGGUCUGGAGCUCAGCAGCAGACAGGAACAGCUGAAAAAGAACAACAAAGCCACGAAGACGACGACGACGGUCCAAACAACAGAUGUGCGCCUAAAAUAUACCAAAUAUAUCGGUGACAUCAUCGGCGGUGGAGACAUUUUGUGCCAAUAAAGCCAAACUUGACGAGAAAAUUGAACAAUGGGACGUAUCUUCUUGGACCACAUUGGAGGAACACGCCUCUUUUCCUGUGCCAACUGCGACACCAUUUUGACUAACCGCUCUGAGCUUAUCUCCACACGCUUCACAGGAGCCACUGGCAGAGCUUUCCUCUUCAACAAGGUAGUGAACCUGCAGUACAGCGAGGUGCAGGACAGAGUGAUGCUUACUGGCAGGCACAUGGUGAGGGAUGUCAGCUGCAAGAACUGCAACAGCAAGCUCGGAUGGAUCUACGAGUUUGCUACUGAGGACAGUCAGAGGUACAAGGAGGGACGUGUAAUCCUGGAGAGGGCGCUAGUCAGGGAGAGUGAGGGCUUUGAAGAGCAUGUCCCCUCAGACAACUCAUGAUCCCCUAACCUUGGAUUAACUUGUGUGGGGAAAACUUACUCCCGAGUCCUCCUUUCCCUCUCCUUUAUCCCCCUGCCUCUGUGCUGCACCAUUUGCAGAUUAAGUGGUCUGUGAAGUUUUGGCUUCACCCUCUUACCCCACCCCAGUCUCUGGCCUAUGACCUUAGACCUCUGCUGAUUUGAAGAUUGAAUUUGCUGGAUCUAUUCUUGCUGAAUAGGUUCCCCCAAAAUACGUCCUGAUUUAUGUGUCACAGGGCGCCCUCCCCAAAAACAGCUGGGGACUCAGAUAGGGGAAACUUCACUUGUUUACAUGUUCAUGCACGGUCACACAGAAUUUUCACCACCACUGCACAAGGCAUGCUCCACCCUUUCUCAUAUGGUAAUUCAACAUAUGCAUGAUAACAGUCAUGAUUAGUCACAUAACAAAAUGCAUUACUUGGUCACUGAAGGCUGUAGAGCUCAGUAUAUUCAUCCCCCAGACUCAGGCAAAGCAACCUGCCCACUCCACUCAACAACAUAAAACAAACCAAUGGAGGAUUCACUCUACAUAUGGCUUUCUUGGCUCUUGUGCUUCUGUGUUGUGAACUUUGUCUCACUGUACUUGUCACUGGUGAGCACUGAAUGCAUUUAAGACCAUGAUAGUUGUUAUUUCUGUAUCAGUUACCUCUUUUUAGCCGGUAGUGUUAUUAAUGUAAUAGUGUUUAAAAUCUACAUUUUCAAUAAUGCAACGCACAGAUUGAUGUCAUAUUUAAGAAUUCAUUGUAGUGUUUGAUGGUGGUAGGGAUUUUUAUUUAGAUCUGCCUCACAUGAUGUGCAAUUAUUUUGAGUGAUGUGACAUUCUUGAAAUGUACACAGUGUCCCUCUGAUACAGUUCACAUUGUGGAAGUGAUCUCCUGUACAGUAGACAAUCCUACAAUUGAUCCUGCAAUUUAAUUGGGUUGUACCACUCUCCAUCUGUUACCAUGGAUUCUGUGCCUGUGUGGUGUGCUGUGUGAAGAGCAAUAUGUCACUGCAGUGACUUAUCAGGAGCUUGUACCUUCCAGCCACUUCUCUUCAAUAUGCCGGAGGAGGAAUGUGUCUGAGACGUGAUGGAGAUAUUCUCCAUCUGUCUGCUGGCCUAAGGAUAGGAUUAUGAGAGGAUGGGUCAUGCAAGUGUUUUAAAUUAGCAGGAUGGAAAAGGUAACGGAGCCUCUGAAAGAAUAAGUACAACCACAACACAACUAGCAUUCAGUUCUUUUCUAUAAAACAGCAGUAUUGGAAGUGACACACCAACAAUCAAUCCUGCUUGAGUCUACUUUUAAGGCCUGUAUUCGAUUGAACAGUUGCAGAGUGCUAGUGACCCAUCCUCUUUUUAUAAUCCUAGGCUAAGGGCACAUUUGGUCAUUACAUGGCCUUUUCCUUGUAAGACAAAGCCAAACAAGCUUGGUGUCAUCCUCUGAUUAGGCCACAGACGUUUCCGAAGUGUCCUGUGAAGAUUUCAAUCAAAAUCUCAAAUUGUUAAAAAAAAACAAAAAAAAAACAAUACAAAAAAAUCUUAAUUUUUAUGACAUUUGAGGUUAUUUUUGGACUGAUUUCUAGCAGGCAUUACCAGAAUGGUCCAGCCUUCACUUUGUGACACUGUAAAUGUUUUUGCUUGCAUUUACAAGGUCAUGCAAGACAGCACUAGUUGUCAUUUCUACAGAAAAAUCUAAAGUUAAAUUAAAUGAAUAUGGCUUUUUCAGGACACUGACACCAUCAAUAUCCCCAGGUCUGUGCAGUGAACAGUCAAUAGCCAUGACAGAAUAUUAUCAUUUGUUGCUAACUUUUAGCAUUUUAUUGAUUGGCCAGUUGUUUUUAUUUGCUUUACUCAAUAUGAUUAUUGUUUUAUUAAUGGGUACAUUUAUCUUAUUGUGCAUUUUCUUGAUUGGAGGUUUGGAGAAAAAAAAAGGUUUUCUUGUAUGGCUAUAGCAAGAUUUUCUCUGCUGUUAUUUCUAAAUAAAGAUGUGGUCUUGCUGGG